CGCUCGCUUGUUGUUUCAUGGGUAGAGGAGUUGGCGGCUGGCGGCGCGCAGCUCGCGACACGCGAGCGCCGAGACCUUCUUGCGCUUCUAGCCGGACAGGGUAACUAAAUAGGAAUGAACGGCAAAGCAGCGAACGCGGGCGCGGGCGCGGGCACGGCGGCGGGCGGCACGUCGCCGGCCUGUCUGGACGGGCUUCCCCCGCUGCCCAAGAGCCUGAGCGGCCUGCUGCACUCGAGCGGCGGCUCGUGGAGGGACGUGGAGCGCAUGUACGCCAAGAAGAGCCGCAUCCAGGACGAGCUGAGCCGCGGACGGAGCGCCGCCGACGGACUGGCCGCCUGCAGGCCCGCCAACCUGGACGCGGCGCUGGCGCUGCUGCGGAAGGAGAUGGUGGGGCUGCGUCAGCAGGACAUGUCGUUGCUGUGUCAGCUCUGGUCUCUCCACGAGUCGAUCCAGGAGUACAAGGGCAGCUGCCAGGACCUGACGGCUGGGUCCAGCUCCGACAGCCCUUACGGCAUGGAGAACGGCUACUUUGACGAAGAGGACGAGUACUACCAGGACGCGAGUUUAACGCCGACCGAGCAGUCGGAGUCGAACGAGCUGUCGCCGCCGAACGGAGACGUCAAGGAAAAGUGGCUUCGCGACUCUUUGCACAUCACCAUUUGAUGGACCGCUGAAUGAUGCUUCCUGAUUUGCUUCUGUACUCGAACCCUUACCCCUGAAGCAAUACACGUUUAGGCAAUGUCCUUCGCCAUGCUCUGCUCAGCUGGCUUUUGGUCAUAAUUUUUCAGUUUUUCUAAACAAAUGUAUAAAAGAAAAUGCUUAUUUAUUACAUAUAUAAUUUUUUUUUUUUUUUUUUGACCGACAGGUUUUGGACCUUUGUAUCAAUAAUAUAGAGGAGUUAAGGAAAUAGGCGCAAUUUAAUUUUUUGCAUUUAGUAUAACUUGCAUAAACUCCUGGCAAGUGGUCUGUAUGGGUAUAGAUUUGAAUAAUACUGACUACAGCUACUCUUCAGCCAGAUCAGAGGUACAUUACCAUCCUUUUACCUGUAUGGGCUUAGCAACCUAACGGUAUAAAUGCUGAGGAAAUGUUUAAUAACAUGGGGCUUAAGCCUGACUGGGUGGGAAAAUGUGAACAAGAUUUAAUAUGCUGCAUUUGUUUUCUUUGAUACUGGGCAUCCAGGGUAGAUGAGCACGUCGUCACAUAGGCACCCCGGGACGGUAGUGUAGAAAGGAGUUUCCUCUCCUGAUGUAACGGUCUUCUUUUUGCCAGCGUCUUUUACUAGACGCAGCCAGGGGGAGCGACGCCCUGUGAGUGGCUUGUCUGAAAUCCCAUGGUGCCGACACUCCUGGCCUUCCACCGAACGGUGCUAACGUCAUCUUCUCGUAGACGCUCGAAUCCCAUUAACUACUUGGCCGAAUGUCUGUAUGCUCUUGAUGCGCUGCAGCUGCCUAUUGAGGGUGAAUUAAGGGCAAAUUCAGAGAUCUGAAAGACCCUUGAACUCGGUUCCUGAUGUUCACCGCUGGUAUGCUGGUCCCCAUCCAGAACACAGUACCGCAACAUUAACCAAAGACAGGCAUCCUUAAAUGUUUCCUAAAAGAAUGAUAUAAAUUCCUAUAUAAAUAGUCUAAAGUGGUUUUUUUUUUUUUUUUUUUUUGGG